GUUGCUAUGGAAACGGCCAUUACAAUCGUCCGUCGCCAUAUUUCAGUUGCUUUCCUUGAACAAUCAAGACAGCAAAUUGUGACGAAUUUGGAGACAGACCAUUAUACAGAGACUCGUAAGGGAAACUUUGACGAUAUAAAUGCCUAAUCCACAUAUCUCGACACAGGGUAGGUUGCCUUUCUUUUCGCUGAGAAUCGUGUAAGUUUUUGUAUCUUUCAGCCAUGGUGACAAUCGACCGAACAGAUUGAAGUUAGAAUCUUUUGCGGUUGAUAAAUCCUCUCAAUCCUCUCUGUGUAUUCUUUACUUUCUUGCUAACAAACUCCUUAAUAACAAUAUCCUUCAAGGUUUUCCAGUUGCGAUCUUGUGUUCGGUUAUGAACGCUGUCAGCCUUGACCGCUUUAUUUCUGUAUGGCGAUUUCUCUGUCUUUACUUUCACAAAUGGCUCCGAGCUGAUCUUUGGUCCUUGCGAGCUGUUUGCAAGAAAGAUAUCCACGAGAAACUUCUUUAGACGGUUCGAUCAGAAGAGAAUGAUCCUUUAUUGUCUAAAGUGUAUACAUUUACACUUGGUUUAAAAUGCACGUUGUUGUAUCCUGAUGCCAUGGUCAUAAGCUUAUGGAGGGUUUGUGCUGUACACUACCUGCAGUGAGUUUAGUUGGUAGAGGAGACCAUGGUUUGUGUAUUUUACUCUCUGCCUCCAUUGCCUUUCAUCAAUUAAAUUGCACUUCUCAGCUCUCAAACUUAAUACUAAGUACAUUAAAGUACUGCAGGCCAGCAGUAAAAUGCGGUCACUUUCUCGUAGUACUCUGGGUUAUCCGUUCCCAACAAACCUGUCGCGUGAUUUGAAGUGAAACACUCCUGACCAACAAAAUAAUUACCUUACCGUCGACUGCGUAUCGCGCUGGGUUGCGUUGUUGAAAAUUUGACAUCCUUGUUUGCUUAAGCUCUGUGCAAACGGAUGCAACAUCGUUGACCAACAACUCCCAAAAUUGUUGGAUGUCCAAUAAACUGUUGCCUUCAUUUGCAUAGCCUGUUGCAUGUUGUUGGGAGUUGUUGCGCAAAGUUUUUUUAGCUUUGCAAACAGCUGCAGCAACUCCUAACAUGCCAACAAUGUUGGCAGUUGUUGCAUCCCUGUAGCUUUAGAUAUUCUUUCCUUUUCUUGCUGUGUUUGAAAUCUGCAUGCAAGACUGAUCUGCAGUCUACUUUCCAUGCCAUCUGAAUGUGCAUGUGAUUCUCUUGCCUUCCAGACUGGUACUACCAUGCUCCUAUCAAGAGAACAACCAAAUCACCCAAAGCAGCCCCACCAGCAUCACAGAUACCAGGUAUUGGAGGACUCAAAGACGAGUUCGCUAAUCCCGAAAGUGAUGAAAGACACUUUAGAAGAAAAUGGAUCAGGGACACAGACUCCAAGUACAUUAAAAUGGCCAAGCAAGGUGGACGAAAAAAUCUUCUGGCAUAUCACAGUCCACCUGUAAAACCGGAUGAACCUGUUCCCUAUCCAAGAGUUGAUUGGUUUGAUCACGACCAUCCAGAAGAGGAUGACGAAGCUGGUCAACCUGCUCAGCUUGAAGAGCAACACAAGGAACCAGCAAAAGAAGGGUAUGUUUUUCACAAACUACAAGAGUUUUACAGCUAUGGGCAAUGUGUAUCGCAUAAAAUAUGAUCGAUUAAGCGCCACCACUCGAAUAAACACCGCUCUCAAAUAAGCACCGCCCCUUUACCGAAAAAUAAUUUAAUAAGCGCCCUUCAUAAAUAAGUGCCGUGGUGUUGAGUAUUUACAAAUUUACACCCCACCUUUGUUACCGUGCUUGAUAUAUAUAGAGAUGUCAAAACCAUAUCGCUUGAGAAAUAAGACCUCGACCAACUUGUGAGAACUAAAGUUUUAAUGUAGGGAAACUCUUGAAACCAGGUUCAUUGUAACAGUUUGAGGUACGUAUUGACAUAUUUUAUUAUAAAUUGUGCUACCUAGUACGUACCUCACUUUUUACCCGUAGUUGAAAUAAGCGCCCCUCACGUAUAAGUGCCACUUUCAAAUAAGCACCGCUCUUGUAUAAGCGCUGCAUCUAUAACAGAGAAAAUGAAGUAAGCAUCAUGGCACUUAAUCGAUCAUUUAUGGUAGUAAAAAACAUCAUGAAGGAAAAUGCAGUCAAGAUAGGCGAAGACUGAUUGUGGACCAGUAAUGCCACUCUUGUCGCUUGUUUCACAAUAAAGUGAUGACCUCUAUAAAGCAGCUAACCUCCCUUAACCCUUUAAACCCUAAGAUCAAAAUUUGAAUUCUCAUUUGUUGCCCCUAUUCAAUUUCCUACAGAAGUAAUGCCGGGAGAAGUUGAUAAUUAAAAAUAUUAAGCAAAUUCAUCUUGUAUGAUCAUGUCCGUAAUUCUCAUGACCACUCUGUUUUACAAUGCAUUGAUGUUACAAGGAGAAAUUUGAUGCUGAUCACUCUAGGGGCUUAAUGGUGAUUCAUCUGUAGUUUCUACUGGACACAUUUAGUCUACCACAUUCUAUGUGAAGAACGAUUUUUCAUUAUGAAAUUAUUUUUAUUUUCAGAUAUAGAGUCCUUCCUGAUUGGUAUGUUCAUGUACACGAUUUGCCCUCAGAUGACGAGGUUGUGACAGGUGCCUAUAUAAGAAAGCGGCCAAUCAUAGGGUUUGAUAACCUCUCAAACUGGCAAAGGUAUGAUCACUGUUGGUUGAAAUAAGAAAUCACAUGAGCUGUUUAUUCACGAGGCUGGUUUCCAUGAGAAAGCUUCAAAAAAUGUUAUCACUUAGAGGCAGAUCCAGAAAAUUCAGAAAGGGUUGGUUGGGACACUUGCCCACAUGCCAGCUAUAUGGAUACUUUUUUAUUUUUGUGAGAAGUCUAUAAAAAUAACACAGAAUUUCAAAAAAAAAAGGGGUGGCCGCGGCCCCUUCGGCCCACCCCUAAAUCCACCCUUGAUCACUAAAAAUAAUCAGUGGUUACCAGUGCUGCAUAAUAUGGAAACUAAAAGCCAUAGCAAUCAUUUGCAGUACACUGAGUUAUUUAUAACUGCAGCUAUUUUUCAAGGCUUCUUUCCACAAGAGCACUUCAAUGUUUUGGUUCAAAUCAUUACGCACACCUUUUACUUUGAUUGCAACCAUUGCUACGGGCUCACAAGUCACAGGCUCCUGUCAUUGUACAGAAACGAGGCUUUUCAGUUACAUGCUUGACGUCCAGUUUUCACCAUACUGAAGUGUAAUAAAGAGCUUGUCAAAGCAAACAAGUGUUUACACGUCCUACGGACACCAAGAAAGGAACACUACUCUCAGGCAGAGAUAGAUAACCUUUUUAUAUCUAUUGUUUUACCUAAUUUUAGCUAUGCGCUUUCAGUCUAUGGGGCAUCGAAAUCCGAUCUUACGGUUAUACAAAAUUUUUUAGACCGAUGCCAUAAACGCCGUUUUAUUUCAUUUCCAGUUUUUAUCAAGAAUCUUUUAAAUAAACAAGACCCAAACAUUUUAAAGAAAUUAAUAUCAACGGAUUGCCACCCACUAAAAGAUAUCAUUCCUGUCCAGAAGACUUAUGUACAUAAUCUUAGGAAAAAAGGCUGCGUACGCCUGAAAAUUAAUACAGAGCGUUUUAUGAACACCUUUGUAAAUAGGUUGAUUUUUAAGCUCCAUUUAUUGUUAUGAUACACUUUUUUUAAUAUAUACAUAUAACGUAGAUAUUUUUAUCAUAGUUUUUAUCUUCUCUUAUGGUAAGAUAAGAUAUGUAGUUUUAUCUUUUGGUGAAAUAAAGACUCAUUAAGACUCAUUAGAAUGUGUUACCAUGGUGUUUUUACUUUGCAGGGAAGAAAAAGAUUCCAAGGGAAAUACCAGCAAUGUUCGACUUCCUCCUCUAAAGAGAAUUCACAAGCGCGAUAAGAGAUAUGAAGAACUAAAGCAAGCACAGAAAUGUGCACCUCAGCAAAGACAAGUCAGACUGCCAAAAAUGUAAACGGCCUCUCUUUUGUUUUCUAUUCUUAACAUUUUUCUCUAGUUUUUGUGUUUUUUAGUAUAGCUUUCCUUGUAAAAAAAAGGAAAACUGUUAAGUGUCUGUUGUCUUUCCAGGUCAUAUACCGUAAACUUCCGAAAAUAAGCCCCUCCAUGUAUGAGCCCCUCCAAAUAUAAGCCCCCCGAACCGGUAACGCGAAAAAUCCUCUGCUAAAUCGCCCCUCCAAAUAUAAGCCCCCGGGGGCUUGUACUUGGAAAAUUGCCCUCAAAUACAAAGUAAGACAAAGCAAAAACGGUAAAUUUACUUCAAACUAUAAGGCUAGCCCAAUCAAUUUUGAAACGCAAAUUUCCCUUCGUAGAUAAGCCCCUCCAAAAAUAAGCCCCUCAAAAAGGGUCUUCGAAAAAUAUAAGCCCCGGGGCUUAUUUUCAGAAAUAUUUUACGGUAUUAUAAUAAACCAUUUUCAUACAUAGUACUUGUGUAGCAGGGGAACUCAAAAGGACUUAAUGAGAAAAUUUUCACUUUAACACUUCAUAAGUCUGUAUGGUCUGGUUAUAUGUGGUUAUAAGGUGAAAUCAUGACUGUAGAGUGGUCUUGUGACGAGAAAUUAUACGACUGUUUGCCAGCACUGUAUCUUCCUGACUGGAAUUGAAUCGGUCUUAAUGAGGCCAUUAUGCGUGUAUCUUGUUUACUGCGCAAAAGAAAAAAACCCAUCACCCUCUUGUUCUGGAAACUUUUAUAAGAGCCCGUGACUUAACAAGCCUCAUUACUUUUAAGUGCAGAGUCCUCAUGUAAAUUUAAUAUUAUACUGAAUUUAUUCAUGAUUUUCUUUUUAAAAGUGAUCCGGAGCCGGUGAAUUUCAAGCAUUUGUUGUCGAUGGGAUAUCAACGAGACUGGUUAAAUGAGCAAGAUCAAAAAUCCAAGGAGAAAAGAGCUGAAAGAAAGGUGUGGUCUAUUUGUGGUUUAGAAAUUGUACCCAUUGUAAAAUUGAAUGCUAUCAUAAUAUUUUGAACCUUCAUUGUAUGCCAAUAAUGUGAUAAAACAGGUAUACAAACCCAUGUUUUGAAAAUAAAUAUUAUAAAAAAUAAACUUUCUGCCUUCAAUGCAAAAUAAUAUUGCUAAUGUUCUGUUUGUGUCUUAUUUUAAUUUUCAGCAACAACAAAAAGAACAUGAGGAGAAGAGGGAGGAACAAAACAGAAAUGCAGUUUCUAUGAGGUAAGCUUUCUCAUAGAGUCUUGAAACCCCUUUCAAAUUUUCAAAUGCUCUNUAUACGACUGUUUGCCAGCACUGUAUCUUCCUGACUGGAAUUGAAUCGGUCUUAAUGAGGCCAUUAUGCGUGUAUCUUGUUUACUGCGCAAAAGAAAAAAACCCAUCACCCUCUUGUUCUGGAAACUUUUAUAAGAGCCCGUGACUUAACAAGCCUCAUUACUUUUAAGUGCAGAGUCCUCAUGUAAAUUUAAUAUUAUACUGAAUUUAUUCAUGAUUUUCUUUUUAAAAGUGAUCCGGAGCCGGUGAAUUUCAAGCAUUUGUUGUCGAUGGGAUAUCAACGAGACUGGUUAAAUGAGCAAGAUCAAAAAUCCAAGGAGAAAAGAGCUGAAAGAAAGGUGUGGUCUAUUUGUGGUUUAGAAAUUGUACCCAUUGUAAAAUUGAAUGCUAUCAUAAUAUUUUGAACCUUCAUUGUAUGCCAAUAAUGUGAUAAAACAGGUAUACAAACCCAUGUUUUGAAAAUAAAUAUUAUAAAAAAUAAACUUUCUGCCUUCAAUGCAAAAUAAUAUUGCUAAUGUUCUGUUUGUGUCUUAUUUUAAUUUUCAGCAACAACAAAAAGAACAUGAGGAGAAGAGGGAGGAACAAAACAGAAAUGCAGUUUCUAUGAGGUAAGCUUUCUCAUAGAGUCUUGAAACCCCUUUCAAAUUUUCAAAUGCUCUAAAAACACGUUUGACACACUAGAAACAAGUUUGAACUCUAGAUGUAUUUCUUCUGUGAGAAAACUUCAUCUUAUGUUUGUAACAUUUUCUUCAGGAAACCGAAAGAUGCCUCAAAGAGUGAUAAACCACUUUUUAAACUCAGCAGGUAAGGGGCCAAUAGUGUUCUCAAUAGAGACCUCAAGAUCGAGGUUUGGCCAUCUUACCGCAAACGGCAGCAGUUAGCGGUUUCAAGUUAUCAGUAUAAGAUUCAUGGGUGGUAGCUCACAACUGCCAUGUUUGUUUUUAUUCAGUUGUUCACUUCUAUUUUAGCUGAGAAAUCGUGUUCAAAGUUACGUUUUUAUGUAAAAUAAUUAGUGAAAGAGUUCUAAACAGGAGUAUUUUCUCUCAAAUGUGGGACUGUGAUGUUUUAGAGUGCAAAAAACCUUGCGGUAAAUCACUUACUUCUGGAGCAUGGUGUAGCUGUACAAAUGCAAACCUCAAGCCGCAAACCUGACAGCAAGGCACUAUUCACAUGACUUGUUGAUGUUUGCAGUUCGUGGGAAAUGCCAAAAUACCCUAAUCUUAGUCUCUUAUAACAUUUAGCGGACUUGGACAACUUGACCUUCCUCAUCCAAUUUUUAGUCUCUAAAACAGAUAAUGAAAGGCCAUGCUUUGUCACUCUACAUGCUUCUAGAUCAAAAGUGGUCAUCCACAUUUUGAAACAUUUAAAAAGAACUGGGUCAUACAAUGUAUCUGAUCUGAAUUAUGCUUAAAUUAUGUGGUUUUUUCUUUCGGUAGGUUUGAAAGUAUGCAACCCAGAGUGGAGACAUUCCGAACAUAA